UCCAGGGUAGAUGCAGGGACCCGGCUCCCCCCAGAUGGAUUCCGCGAGGCCUGAGCCCAGCAAGCAGGACCCAGCAGAGGCAGAGGCCGAGCAGGAACUGCGGUGGACAGAGCUGGGCUCAGAGAAGGCCCCAGGAACUGGGACACAGGGGUCUAGUGCCCCGCAGGGCUGGGGUUGCCUGCUCCAGGCCGUGUGGCAGGGCCCUGUGAGCCUGGUGACGCAGCUGCUGCGGCAAGGGGCCAGCGUGGAGGAGAGGGACCGCGCGGGCCGGACCCCGCUCCACCUGGCCGUGCUGCGCGGCCACGCGCCCCUGGUGCGCCUCCUGCUGCAGCGCGGGGCCCCGGUGGGCGCCGCGGACCGCGCGGGGCGCACGCCGCUGCACCAGGCCGCCUGGCACGGGCACUCGCGGGCGGCCGAGCUGCUGCUGCGGCGCGGGGCCCCGGCGGCGGCGCGCUGCGGGGCGGGCCUCACGCCGCUGCACUGGGCCGCCGCCCUGGGCCGCACGCCGCUGGCCGCGCGUCUGCUGGCCGCGCCCGGCCCGGGCCCCGCGGCCGUGGACGCGCACGGCUGGACGGCGGCGCACUGGGCGGCCGCGGGCGGCCGGCUGCCGGUGCUCGAGCUGCUGGCGGCGGGCGGCAGCGCGUGCCUGGACGGCGCCCUGCUCGUGGCUGCCGCGGCCGGGCGCGGAGCGGCGCUGAGCCUUCUCCUGGAGCGCGGGGUGCGGGUGGACGCCCCGGAUGGCGUGGGGUGCAGGGCGCUGGGCGUGGCAGCCGGCCUGGGCCGCCGGCAGGACAUCGAGGUGCUACUGGGCCACGGGGCAGACCCAAGCAUCAGGGACAGGCACGGCCGCUCUGCGCUCCACAGGGCUGCCACCGGUGGACACCUGCCUGCUGUCCAGCUACUGGUAGCCUGGGGAGCCGAGGUGGAUGCUCAGGACUCACUGGGCUUCACACCCCUGCACCACGCUGCUCGGGGAGGCCACAUGGAGGUGGCCAUCCACCUCCUGGACAGGGGUGCACAGGUCAAUGCAGCUGGCUGGCUCCACAAGACCCCCCUGCACCUCGCAGCAGAGCAUGGCCAUGGCCUCACCAUAGAGCUUUUGCUGGGCCGAGGGGCCAGCCCCACCCUGAGGACACAGUGGGGUGAGGUGGCCCAGAUGCCCGAGGGGUGCCUGCCCCAGGUGCUGCCUGCACUUCCAGGGGAGCAGAAGGAGAGCGAGGGGCACACAGCCCUGCAGGCCCUGAGCACCUCGUGGCUAGGCUGAGCCUCCAAGGCCAGAGCAGGACAGAAGGCUCUGGGCUCCACAGCCUCAGAGUUUUUCAGGAUCCUCUCUUUUGAGCUGAGGCCGCCUUCCUGGACAGUCAUUAAUGGAGAGGUUCCUAGAGGAGGAAGAUGAGGAGAGAGGCAGUGGCUUGAGCCCCAGUCACAGGCCUGUGGCAGGACCUGGGAUGACCCCUGGCUCCAGAGGGCCUAUUGCCUCUGCAGCUCUGGCCUCCUGAACACUUUGGCAAAGACGAGCUGUGGCAACAGAUUUAACCAAAACCUGAUGGUGCCCCCUCUGUCCACCAUGGGGUGUUCCUCAGCUACUCUCCACACAUGGGGUCUUCUGUGUUCUUGGAUUUUGCACUGUGUACUUGGAACCCAUCAGUCCCAGGCCCACGCUGAUAUCCACGGUGUUUACAGCUCUCCUUCCAUCCACAGUCCUCCUCCUUGUCUAACUCACCACACCAAGCCAAAGUUCCCCUGCCCCAAAUCAUCCAGGGCCAGGUACAGGCAGCUAGGGGCUGCCCCUGUGCACCAGGGCCACCUGGAGUUAUUCACACCAGCCAGUCCUAAGCUGCUGGCCCCGCCCGGCCCUGCUUUUCCCUGGAAACCCCAAUAAAGUCUCUGGCCUCGGACUUCCCCUUGUUCCCGCUGCCUCCUGACCUAACCCUGGCGCUUCCCUGUGCGGCCCCGUGUGGUGUGGCAUGCCCCCACUUCCCGGGAAACGUAAGCAGUAAAAACCUUUUUCAACACGU